AUGGCCCCCAGCUCAGCUGCGUCCAAUCUGUGCACAUCAGCAUCUUGUGUGCACAUCGCUUCAGAGAUACUCGGAAGUUUGGCUUUAAACUACACCGAGAUUGACCCUUGCGAGGACUUUGAACAAUAUGUUUGCGGCAACUGGGCUGCUCGGCACGAGAUUCCUGCGGGCGGUGUCUCUACAGAUGGACUCACUCUUGCCCAGGAAAACGUCGACAGUGCCUUGAGACAGAUCCUUGAGAGUCCAUAUCCCUCCGGCGAAGACGCUGGAUGGAUUACAGUCAACCUCACUAAGGAGCAGUCCAAAGCAGACAAGGAGAUCUUUUCUAUGAUACAAGAUACGUAUCAGGUAUGCACUAAUUAUACAGCACUCGAAGAAGAGGGACUCCAAACUCUGCAAGAGAUUGUCAAGACAGUUGUCGAUCUGUACCCUACUACUCCCGCAUCAGGCGGCAACAAGACAGCUGGAAACACAACCCAGACAUCUGCUGCCUUGGGCAAGACUUUGACCUUCUUUGAGAGCGUCGGCAUUCAGACGUUCCAGCGGUUCAUACUCAAGCAGAAAGAAACCGACCCCGACGCGGUCCAGCUGACCCUUUUCCCUCUACAGCCUGAUGAGGUGGUCCUCCCCGCUACGGAGCAGGAUCUCGAAGAGUACAUCAAGAUCGCGUCUCAGCUUCUAGUCGCUGCUCACCCUUCUAAUAUCAGCACGACAACAGCUGCCAAGCUAGUCGCGUCAGUCAUCGAGUUAGAAGGCAAACUAGUGGCUGCUUCUACCUAUGCCGAACAGAACGGACCAACAUCUGACCUGGUCUCGAUUGCCGAGGCGCAGAAGCAAUUUCCCGAGCUGAACUACGAGUAUGUGAUUGAGGAGCUUGCUCCAAAGAACUGGAAAGGCGACAUCCAAUUCAUUGCACCCGCCUAUUUCAACAAUGCAUCCCAGAUUAUCUCUGAGACUCCGAGUACGAUUCUUCAAGCAUAUUUUGUAUGGAAGGCCAUUUCUUCCAUUUCCAUAUACAUCGAGGCCGAUCUGACGAACGCGUACAACGAUUCGGUGACUAAGAUCAGGAAAAGAGAUCCCGAGAGUCCUUUACCCCGGUGGAAACGCUGCAUUAACUUAAUGAACUACGGAGUUGCGUGGACCCAAGGCUCCCAGAUCACAUCGCAGUUCAUCGGCCCGACGGGCUUGACAUGGAUACUCUCACGCUUCUUCGUCGACAAGCACUUCAGCCCUGAGGCUAACGGACUUACAUCUGAUCUUGUUCAACACAUCAAGGACUCCUUUUCAGAACGCAUAGAAUCGCGGGAUUGGGCAUCAGAUGAGGUCAAGGAGGCGGCUAUCGAGAAGGUGGAGGCGAUGAAGAAGAUCAUCGGUCUUCCUACCUUUCCUGAUGCCGUAGAUCCAAUUGCCCUCAAGGAAUACUACUCGGAUGUCGAAAUUCAGCCUUCUCUGGCCUUGACUGCACUGAGCUUUGCCAAGUCCAAGGUUAAAAAUAACUGGAUGACUUUGGGGAAGCCAUACAACAGGGGCCAAUUUGUCUUGAGCACUCUGACCGCCAACGCCUACCACGCCCGCACUCUGAACCAGAUCGUUCUCUUCGCAGGAUUCCAACAGUUCCCUAUCUACGACGUAGAAUUUCCGUCCUAUCUGCUUUAUGGUGGAAUGGGAAGCGUCGUCGGACACGAGAUCACGCACGGCUUUGACAACACUGGCCGCAACUUCGACAGUAUUGGCAAUGCGACGCAGUGGUGGGAUGAGAAGUCGAUCAAGGCCUUUGAAGAAAAGACCAAGUGCUUUAUCGAACAGUACAACAACUUCACCAUCCUAGCGCCCAAUGGGACAGAUGUUCACGUCAACGGAACCCUCACUCUUGACGAGAACAUCGCCGAUGCUGGCGGUGUAUCUUCCAGCUAUGAGGCCUGGAAGAAGUGGGAAGGCGAGAAAGGCAAAGCAAAGAAUCUCCCAGGUUUGCAAGGCUUUACCCACGAGCAACUAUUCUUCAUCAAAUGGAGCCAGACCUGGUGCUCUAAUGUUCCACCCGAGUUAGGUUUGACGCUGCUGGAGGAUGAUGUGCACAGCCCGGCACCUGCUAGAGUUCUGCUGCCUCUCAAGAAUAUUGUUGGAUUUAAGAAGGCAUUCAACUGCCCCAAGAAAGAGCCUGUUUGUGAGCUCUGGUGA